AGCGAGCAGAUGUAGAGAGAGGAAGCAGCAUUGGGAGACAGAGUGGAGCAGCGGGGCGAGUUGGAGUCUAAACACAUCUGUCUGCACAAGGAGAGAACACCGUCGAGUCUCCCUACCGACCUUUCGUGUCUGACUCCUUUCAACAUGAAGAUCUUCAGGGUUUAACCACAGCAGAUUCCACGUCAUGGACUUAUGUAACACAUGUUGACCCCCGUUUUGGUCUGAAUAUUAACAAUCCAGUUGGACCCUGUGUGUGUGGAAACGAUGUUGGAGGGAAGAAACCGGCCACACAUUAAGAAACAUCUGAUAUUUUUGUUUUUUGAGGGACUUCUAUGAAACAGUUGGUUGGACUGCAACAUGCUGACGCUCCUGGCUACACUGCACUGUGAAGCAGACUGCAAACGUGUCUGUUUGAGUGUAUUUGUGGGGGUGUGUGUGUAUACCCAUGGUGGAAUGACACAGUGGACGUGAGAGGGGAAGAUAUUUCCAGACCAUUUUUUUAUUUACAAUGAGAGUUCCAGCCAGUGUGGCUGCAGUUUCCUGUCUUUGUCCUCUGGUGGUCUUUCUAUGUGUCCUCUCCCAGAGUUGUUAUGGGACCUGGGUCAAUCUGAGCCCUCCCAAUAACCCCAGCCCCUACCCAAACCCAAGGCUCAAGUCUCUGCCUGAAACAACGUCAAUUCCCAGCAAGAGUCCUGAAAAACACAAGACUGCCCUGAUGCCUGGCCAACUUUCCAGCUCCAGCCAAAGCAUGAGGAGCAAGUUUCAAAUCAAGCCCAGGCUUGACACGGUCUAUCUCACAGACGACCACAUGGCCAACGCACCAAACCUUCCACCAGCCAACUCCCAGGCUCAAUCAAGCUCAAACACUAGACUUAAGAUUUCUAAUUCAAGACAAGGGUCAGCCUACAGUUCAUACAUGCCAUCUCACCAGCUGGCAAAAAACAAUCCCAAGCAAGCUGCGACGGUCAACACCAAUCCAAGACCAAGGCUUGGAUCUCUGCUGCAGCCCAAGGCAGCUCCAAACUCUAAAGUGGUGCGGGGGUCCAAGAUGAAUUCUGAGUCAAGCCACACUCCAAAAUUAUCUUCACAGUCCGAUCAAAGGUAUAACACAUCUGCUAAUAUGAACCCUAGCAUCUACCACAGUGCCAGCCCAGCUUCCCUCUCCAGUCCCAAAUCCCAUCCCAAACUCCGUCCUUCUUCACAAACGAAUACGAACGCCAAACUGGAUUCAAAGAUCACCAACUCGAACCCUAGGACAUCAGUCAGAGCACAGAGGAACCAGACCAAGUUGGUGGACACGGACAAGGAUUCUCAGCAACGACCGAAGCGAGGCUGGAUCUGGAACCAGCUCUUUGUUCUGGAAGAACACAUCGGACCUGAGCCUCAGUACGUCGGAAAGCUCCACUCCAACUCUGACAAGGGCGAUGGCUCUGUGCGAUACAUCCUGUCCGGUGAGGGGGCCGGCUCCAUCUUUAUCAUUGAUGAGAUGACGGGUGACAUCCACGCCGCCAAGAGCCUGGACCGCGAGAGGAAGUCUCAGUAUGUCCUACACGCAAGGGCAAUUGAUCGCUGGACGAACCGCUCACUGGAGACGGAGUCAGAGUUCAUCAUCAAGGUCCAGGACGUCAAUGACAAUCCGCCAACAUUCCCUGAUGGACCGUUCUCAGCCACUGUGCCUGAGAUGUCUGAUGUUGGAACAUCCGUUUUCCAGGUGACCGCGUCAGACGCAGACGACCCAACCUACGGGAACAGCGCCAAGAUAGUUUACAGCAUUCUGGAGGGAGAGCCGUACUUCUCUGUUGACCCCAAGACAGGUGUCAUCCGCACGGCACUGUCCAACCUGGACCGUGAGACCAGGGACCAGUACCCUGUGCUGAUCCAGGCCAAAGACAUGGCGGGCUCGAUCGGAGGACUCUCUGGAUCCACUACGGUCAACAUCACCCUCACCGAUGUCAACGACAACCCGCCAAAGUUUCCACAGAAGAGUUACCAGCUGUACGUACCUGAGCUGGCUGCGGUAGGAAAGGCUGUGGGCCGGAUCAGAGCCAACGACGGCGAUGAAGGACAGAAUGCGGAGAUGAGCUACCGCAUCACGAACACCGACGUGGCCGCCAUCUUCAACGUCACCACAGACGCGGACGGCAGGGAGGGAAUCAUUUCACUCAAGCAGCCUCUUAACUACGAGAAGAGAAAAGUGCACACGCUCAACAUUGAAGGCUCCAACACUCACUUAGACUCCCGCUUCUCCCACCUGGGACCAUUUAAGGAUUCAACAUCGCUGCGAGUCAUUGUCGGGGACGUGGACGAGCCUCCCGUCUUCUCCAUGGACUACUACAUCAUGGACGUGUAUGAGAACUCACCUGUUGGCACCCAAGUGGGCACUGUAAUCGCUAUGGACCCGGACAGCACCAACAGCCCCGUCAGGUACUUCAUAGACAACGAAGAGGAACGACCUUUGUACUUCACCAUCGGGGUGAACAGCGGCGUGAUCAGGACUACGGAGGUUCUGGACCGGGAAGAAAGAGCAUGGCAUAACAUCACUGUGAUGGCUGCAGAAGUGGACAAUCCACGCAUGGUGAGUCAUGUCCCCGUCACAAUCCAGGUCCUGGACGUCAAUGACAACAUUCCGUCCAUCGCUGGAGGCAACAGUGCAGUUAUCGUGUGCACCAGCACCAAAAAUGGACAGGUGAUUCAGACCAUCCGAGCAGCAGAUCUGGACAACUUUGCAAAUGGCAAGUUCUCCUUCUCUGUGCCAAAUGACCGUCAACUCGAUGCAAAUUUCACAGUGAAGGACAAUGGAGACAGCACUGCCAGCGUCGUGUCUCGUCGGCGUGACGGCUUCAACCUGGAUCGGGACCAGGAGUUUUUCCACCUGUUGGUGGUGGUGGCAGAUGGCGGCGAGCCGCCUCUGAGCAGCACCACCACGCUGUCCCUCAGGGUUUGCGUGUGUCAGAAGAACGCCAGAGGGCGCAACAGCAACAUCUGUCAAGCUCAGGCCUUCCUGUCCUCGGCCGGUCUCAGCACUGGGGCCUUUGUGGCCAUAAUGUUGUGCAUUGUCAUACUAUUUGCCAUAGUGAUUCUUUUCACACAGCUACGGAACAAAAAAGCAAGCAAAGAGUCCUUGAUUCUGUCUGAAGAGGACAUCAGAGAAAACGUGGUCACCUAUGAUGAUGAAGGGGGCGGAGAAGAAGACACCGAGGCCUUUGACAUCGCUGCCCUCCGAAAUCCCAAAGCCUCGGAGCCCCACAGGAAGCUCCACACCUACCUCAUCCACGGACCAAGCCUAUGCGGAGAGGAGGACGAGGUCGAGGAUGGCGAGGAGGAGGAGGAGUCUGCGGUGGUGAGGAGAAGGAUGAAAACUCUGCAGAUGGAUUACAGGAACUACAGCCCAGAGUCGGACCCUGCCUGGUUUAUCAUUGACUGUGUUCCUCGGGAGGUUAGCCAGUCAGCGCCUUCGCUCCUGCUGGACAGUCAUGGCAUAAUCCAGCAGAUCAUCCAGCAGAAGGUGGCUGAAGCAGACUCAGACACAAGGGGCCCACCUUAUGACUCUCUUCAAACGUAUGCCUAUGAAGGGCUCGGGUCCUUGGCUGGAUCGGUCAGCUCUUUAGGCCUGACUGCAGCAAUGCCUGAACUAAACUAUGCUGAUCUGGAAGACUGGAAACCAGAAAGGCAAACACUGGAACAAACAGCCGGAGAGUAGGUCAAGCUAAUUCUACAAUUUUCUAAAACAAAAAAAAAAAAAAUACUUUUGGCCAAAUUGAGUUCAAGGAUACACAAAAUGACUGCUGUAAAAGGUGGCCAUCAGGAGUUGGGGUAUCAUGUUUAAUCUGUGGAUAAGCCAUUUUCUAUAGAUUUAACGUGGGAAGAACACUCUGUGGCUGAUGGAAUACUUAUAUAACAUUUGAGCUUGAGUGCUGCAAUGAGGAACAGAAUGCUAAAUGACAGAUGGCAAGUGUUUGAAAAUGAAAAGACAAUUUGCAUAUAUUUUCUCCCUCUGCUCUAGUUGUGAGGUGAAUAAGUUGGAAAAGUACAGCUAGUUCUGAGCCCAAAGGAUUCUGGCACAAUCUUCACUGAUGCUGAAGCUCCACUUCUUGCACAGCUGGCCUCCCCAGUGAGGAAUAAAUACCUUGGCUUGAAACGCAAGGACUCAACGUGUGCCAUCCAGGUCAGUGGUGCACUGGCGUGAAUAAUGGGAGCGUAGAGUUCAAGUGAUUUGUUGUUCAAAUCAAUAAAGCAAAAAUGUGCUGUAAAUGUCGUCUGUGGAGAAAGAUCAGUGGGGAAGCUAACGAUGCUACUAUUUAAAGGGCCAAAGAACAGUGCAGGUUCUUUGUUUUAAUCCACAAAAUUGCUUUCAAGUCAACAUUUGUUACCUACACAUGUUUGUAUGCACACAUUAGCCUCCUGGAUGUGGAAUAGUGAAGUUCAGCUGAUUGAAUUUGAGCAGAUUGAUGGUCAUGAUCUUAAUUGAAAUAUACACCAAAUGUGUGUACACCAAAUUUCCCCUAGUCAUUUUUCCAGUGUGGGAAAUGAACCUGGGCUCAAAUAAAUAAAUGGUUACCAACAUUUUUCUCCAACGUUCAAGCUGAUAUAAUCCUGCAGUGUCUUUAAUUUUUUGGAAGCUGAUCUUAUUUGGUUUCCAUCUUCCACUGGAUGACAUCACCAUAGGCAACGCAGUAAUUCUAAAUUAUGAAGUAUAUUUUCUAGAAACCGAUAAUAAGCACUAAUACCUAGUACUACAGGGUUUGAGGUAUACUAGGUUUCUGUUGGACCAUAUUAUGAUCCUAUGGAUUUGUUGUUCCUUACAACCAGCUUAUCUGCCAUUAACAUGCUAAUCUAUAUCUAAAACGUAUUAAAUGAAUCAGUCAUAUGUCACCAUAUGGUAUAAAUUAUGUCACAAUGACAUCAUAAUAAUAAUAAUAGUAUUUUUACAAUAUAAAAAUGAUUACCCAUCAACACAGAUGAAGCAGGGCAGUAGUAAUAGUAGUAGUGCUAUAGUGUAGGUUGUGGUCUUUAAAUGAGCUCGACUAACCGCAGUCACAUAUUUUUUUGUUUAAAUAUCCCAAUAUUACUCAUCACCCGUCUCCAAAUCAGGUGAAUAACAACAAGAGCCCAUGAAAAUGGUUACGUGUAACGUUUUAUCCAAUACUACAGUGGGAAAGGGCUAUUUGUCAACUAUGCCAGUUUUUCAGCUGUUUUCAGAGUAGGUUUAUGGAUAAUAUCACCAAGAAACAACCACCCACCCUCUUCUGUUUGUCAUUGGUAAGUGCUGAUUUAUUUUAUUUUUUAAAUAUAUGGAAAUUUGUAUUUCAAUAUACAUUUUGUUUGUCACUGGACAGAAGUCGUGAGAGAGAGAGGACUAUAUCUAUGUCGUCAAUAAAUCAACCGAGAAAUGGUAAAGGAAGGUGGAGGAAAUGAAGCCUAUUUUCCCUGGUGUAUAUUUUUAUCGAUGAAUAAAAAGAAGAGACGUUGGUUUCAGACAAGCCAUUUA